GUCAGGAAUGUUGUUGUUGGUUCUGGAGGAGCUGCAAAGAUGGAGGAACGGGAGUCGUGACGGGAUUUUUUUUUUUUUAAACAAAAAAAAAAAAACACCACACACAAACCUAAUAAAGAAACGGUACCUUUUGUACACCCGUUCCAUGGUAACCUGUUUCGCCGCCAGACGCUCAAGAUUGGUCUGUGCAGGAGGGAACUGUUGUCAGCGCGAUUCAGAAGAGCCCACCACUGAUGCCUUCACUGUAACAGAAUGUCAGAGGAAGAAGAUCCCCUUUAGUCCACAUUCCCCUUCCCCAAACCCCUUUCCCUUCCCCUUUUUCCCUUCCCCAUGAAUACAAGCACUACUUAUCCCUUGGUUACAAGCCUGUGGAGGGGCUUAUAGUGAAGCCUGUUUUUCUCAGCCUGGUGAAGAACUGCAGCAAUUGCAACCAUUUGAUUCAUGAACUCCCAAAAUAGUCCAGACGGGGUUACCAGUCGGGAGCAGCCAUUAGAACUGUUGGCCAGAAGCAGGAUACAUGCCAUUCCUGCCACAGCAGUGGAGGUGAAGUCCGCAUUACCAGUGACCAUGCAGAGCAGUGGUAACAAUGGAGGUGAUGGCGGCGACAGUGGUGGUGGCGGCGGCAGCGGUGGUGGAGGAGGAGGGGGUCCAGUGGAUUUACGCACAGAUGUCCGAAUUCCCCUCACUUCAGUGGACCCAGUGAUACGGGAACAGCAGCUCCAACAUGAACUGCGUCUUCUCAAACAACAGCAAGAACUUCAAAAGCAAUUGCUAUUUGCUGAGUUCCAGAAACAACAUGAACACCUCACACGGCAGCAUGAGGUCCAGCUUCAGGAGCACCUAAAGGGCUGCUCAAAUGAUUUGUCGUUCCCUUGCAAGCAACAACAGGAGAUCUUAGCCGUCAAGCGACAGCAGGAGUUGGAACAACAGAGAAAGCUGGAGCAACAACGGCAUGAGGAAAUGGAGAAACAGAGGCUGGAACAGCAGCUAAUAAUGUUAAGGAACAAGGAGAAGGGCAAAGAAAGUGCGAUCGCCAGCUCUGAAGUUAAACAGAAACUGCAAGAGUUUUUGCUCAGUAAAUCCAAAGAACCAACAGCAGGACUAAACCAUUCCUUUCCCCAGAAGUGCUGGGGAGCACACCACACCUCACUGGACCAGAGUUCCCCUCCUCAGAGUAACACACCUGGAACACCCCCAUCUUAUAAACUGCCACCUUUAUUGGGAGCAUAUGAUGGCAAGGAUGACUUUCCGCUACGAAAGACAGCCUCAGAGCCCAACCUGAAGGUCCGCUCCCGGUUAAAACAGAAGGUAGCAGAAAGAAGAAGCAGUCCUUUGUUACGGCGCAAGGAUGGGACAGUUAUCAGCACUUUCAAGAAAAGGGCCAUCGAAAUCACAGUGUCUUCUAUGUGCAGCAGUGCCCCUGGCUCGGGCCCCAGUUCUCCCAACAGUUCCAACAGUGCCAUAGCAGAGAAUGGCUCUAGUGGUUCCGUACCAAACAUUCAUGCUGAGCAAAUGCGUUCACAUCAUCACACAAUAAAUACAGAUGGAUCAGUCAGUCAGCUCAGUCUGUAUACAUCUCCAUCGCUACCUAACAUUUCUCUUGGCCUGCCUGCCUCAGUCUCUGCUGCCAACUCUCACAUGUCUGCUUCCCAGAAACUCGCUGCUCAGCAGGAGGCAGAAAGGCAGGCCAUUCAGUCCUUACGUCAGGGUGGUGCUCUUACAGGAAAGUUUGUUAGCACCACAUCACUCCCUGCCUGCCUGCCUCCUGGGGUGCCUCAUGAUACCGACACAGCCUCCAAUAGCCACAGCCAUUCAUCCCUUCUGCAGCAUGUAUUGCUUCUUGAGCAAGCUCGGCAGCAGAGUGCACUUCUAGCAGUUCCUAUCUAUGGUCAGUCCCCGCUGGUAACGGGUGAACGGGUUUCCACAAACAUGCGAACAGUAAAUAAGCUUCCCCGGCACCGACCUUUGAGCAGGACACAGUCUGCCCCCCUGCCCCAAAGUCCCCAGGCACUUCAGCAGCUUGUAAUGCAGCAGCAACAUCAGCACUUUCUUGAGAAGCAGAAGCAAUACCAACAGCAAAUCCAGCUUAGUAAGAUGCUGUCGAAAACCACAGACCUUCCACGCCAACCUCCAACCCAUCCAGAAGAAACAGAGGAAGAGCUGUCAGAAACUGCAGAGAUGCAAGAUGAGCGGUUAGGGGACGUUGUUUCAAGCGAACAGGUAGAAGAAGUACAUGGCCUGCAGCCAGAAGCGGAAGAAAACCCUGGUGAUGGUAGUCUUUCAGAUCAUGCUAUUACCGUAAGGGAUGAAAACACAGAAAGUGAAGCAGAUGAGGAGGAUGAGACAUAUGAUGACGAAGACUCAAUUGAACUUAAAGAGCCUAAUGACCAGAGUCUGCUUUACAGUCAGUUUUCAGAUCAGCACCACCUACAGCAGUUGCAGGUUUACCAAGCUUCUUUGCCAAUUUCUGGCAUGCCUCACCGGCCACUUGGCCGAGCGUUAUCUUCUCCUGCAAACCCAUGUCUGAAAAGCAGUGCUGGGACUGCAAAGCUCAUCAAGCAUGUUUUCACUACAGGAGUGGUCUAUGAUACUUUCAUGCUAAAACACCAGUGUACAUGUGGGAACACAAACAAUCACCCGGAGCAUGCUGGGAGAAUUCAGAGCAUUUGGUCCCGACUGCAGGAGACUGGUCUUCUCAGCAGGUGUGAGCGAAUUCGAGGAAGAAAAGCUACGCUGGAUGAGAUACAGACUGUACAUUCAGAGCACCACGCACUCUUGUAUGGCACAAGCCCAUUGAACAGGCAGAAACUUGACAGCAAAAAGCUUCUAGGUUCAAUUAGCCAGAAGAUGUAUGCAGUCCUGCCUUGUGGAGGCAUUGGGGUAGACAGUGACACCGUCUGGAAUGAGAUGCAUUCAUCCAGUGCUGUGCGAAUGGCGGUGGGAUGUGUCAUUGAGCUUGCAUUUAAAGUAGCCUCAGGAGAGCUCAAGAACGGCUUUGCGGUUGUGCGGCCCCCAGGACAUCAUGCUGAGGAAUCCACUGCAAUGGGGUUUUGUUUUUUCAAUUCCGUUGCUAUUGCUGCCAAACUUCUACAACAGAAACUGAAUGUUGGGAAGAUCCUUAUAGUUGAUUGGGACAUUCACCAUGGUAAUGGAACCCAGCAAGCUUUCUACAGUGACCCCAAUGUGCUGUACAUUUCUUUGCACCGAUAUGAUGAUGGAAACUUCUUUCCAGGAAGUGGGGCCCCCGAUGAGGUGGGGUCAGGAGCCGGUGUGGGGUACAACGUUAACAUAGCCUGGACUGGUGGAGUGGAUCCACCAGUGGGAGAUGUGGAAUAUCUUGCUGCCUUUAGGACGGUAGUCAUACCCAUUGCCAAUGAGUUCUCUCCUGAUGUAGUCCUGGUUUCGGCUGGCUUUGAUGCAGUGGAAGGGCACCAGUCUCCGCUGGGUGGAUACUCAGUCACUGCUAAAUGUUUUGGUCACCUAACCAAGCAGCUGAUGAAGCUGGCAGGAGGGCGUGUUGUAUUGGCAUUAGAAGGGGGUCACGACCUCACGGCCAUCUGUGAUGCCUCUGAAUCCUGCGUCUCCGCUCUUUUGGGCAGUGAGCUUGAACCUCUGCCACAGUCUCUCCUUCAGCAGAAGCCAUGUCCAAAAGCUGUUGCGUCAUUGGAAAAAGUAAUUGAAAUACAGAGUAAACACUGGGGUUCCAUAGUUCGUUAUGCAUCAACGGUGGGUCUGUCUCUACUGGAGGCACAGAAGCGAGAGAAGGAGGAAGCUGAAACAGUCACUGCAAUGGCUUCUUUGUCUGUUGACACUGAGCAGACAAAUGUCAGUGUAGAGUCAAGGCAGGUAGAUGAACCAAUGGAAGACGAGCCAGUGUUAUAGGGCGAAGUGAAGCUCUCGUCAUUGGAUGCCCUUGUUUUCACGUUUGCGUGACACUGCCUCGUCUCUUCUUCCUUGGCUUCAUCCAGGUCUGACAGAUAUGUGUCUUGUGCUUCACUCUUCAUCACACUGAUCACCUUUGAGAGGGGAGCGUCUGAUAGGUGUGGGGAUUAGGCAGGCAGAUGGGGGAGCUCGACGUUUCUUUUCUUUUUCUUUUUUUUGGUGUGAUUUUUUUUUUUUUUUUUUUUUUUUUAACUCGGUGCCGGAUGGUCAACAAUUUGUUUGUUUUCCAGUGAAGAGAAUUCAUUCUGAACACUUUAAAAAAAUCUUGUUUUGGUUACGUACGAGUUUCAGGAAAGAAUCACAAGUGGCAAAUUGUAUUAAAGUUUAAAAAAAAAAAAAAAAAUCAAUCGAUGGGCUGCCGCUGUGUUGGCACCACUUCUUCUUUUUUUUUGUAUUUUCUUGUUCAUUUUUACAAGGGUGAGUUACAGAAGAAAAUAAGGAGCGUCCAUGGAUCAACUUGAAAACAAAACCCUUGUUGUUUUUUUUCUCCUCUUAAGUAUUUAUUAUAACUAUAAAGACAAGCUUGUGUUUUGAACGUUACGAUGACAUUACUCAAGGCCUGUGAUUUUUUUUUUUUUUAUUAUUAUUUCUCUCCUCAUCCUCCUCCUUCUAUUUUUUUCUGGGAGUUGUGGAAUAUUCCAGUGGCAUCCACCGUCCUUGCCUACCUCCCCUCAGUGGAGAACUCGUGUGUCGUACAGGCCGUGGCGUGGAAUUAAGAAGCUUGCAAGUUCAGCCCAGGGAGCGAAUAGCAUUGAAAGAAAUGAGAAAAGAAAAGAAAAGGACGAUAUUUUUUUUUUUUUGAAAUGUUGGGGGAGCCAUGGCAGGACAGAGCUACAAAGAAAAACUUAGUGACUAUUAACAAAACAAAAAAAGAGAGAAUUUAAACCAAUAAAAGCAAACCAAUAAAGUAAAUCCAAGAUUAUCACUUUGCAUAUUUGUUUAAAAUGCCUUAAUUUUUUUGUUCAAUACUCAGUUUAAUGGACCUGCCUAGCUACAAAGACAUGUUUUUUUAUUUUUAUUUUUUUUGACUCCCUUCCUUAAAUCUGUUUUAUUGUUAUAUUUUAUAAGUUCUUAUUUCUCUUGUCUCCAUUAUUUUUUAAGGGAAGAUGUGGGGCUCCAUUUAAAGCGGAGUUUCUGAGGAUUUUUAAAACCCUUUCCUCAAUCUCUGCUUGCUCCUUUGUAAUUUUUAUUUAUUGUAAGUAAGCAAAAGAUUGUGUAUUUGUGAUAUAUGACCAAUUAUUUCAAUGUUCUUUUUAUGUAAAUAGAUUGUUUCAUCUUUAUAGUUUUAUCACCUGACAAUUUAUUUUCCUCUUUAUUUUUUAAUGCAUUGUCACUUUUACAGAAGUAAUAGAUGGUCUCAAGGUUCAACUGAAUAUAAUAUUAAUUUGAAAGUAUUAUUUAAUAUUCAAGUUUUGUAUUUUUUUUUUUAAACUGAUUGUGUUAUUGUCCUUAUUUUGCUUGAUAUGAUUGAUUUUUACAGAGAGGAUUUACUGUGGAUUUGGUCAGUGUGAAGUGUUCUGAAUUUCACAUUUGGUUGGUCUGCACUGCUGAGUAAGUUAGGGUUGAAGAGGACACGGGCGAAGUGACAUGUCAUAGCUGUUUGCCCCCCCUUAGUACUUAUUUAAGUAAAAAAAUCAAAACCGUUUUUGUCCGCUUUGUAACGUAACACUCUUAAUUUUGUCUUUUGAAAUGUAAGCACCGAUAUUGAUUUAUUUAGGGGUUAGCUGAGACACCAGCCUGCUGGCUCACUUAUGUCUCCAAAUGGCGGGUAUGUUCACAAGUAUGCAAUGGUUGCAGUCGGCACCUCCACGCUAGGAGAGACGACGUGUCCCUCCUGUCGGACAGACGGAAAGACAAGCAAAGUAAUAAACAUUAUGGAGACGGGCAAAAUGCAUCGUUGCACAAUUUACAAACUCCAUAAGCCACCCGCUUGGUGUGAUGAAACAGUUGGUUGGAGGAAUAAAUGUUUGGGGAAAUCGUUUAAAUGAGUCGCACAUUUCAAGUUUAAUACUCCAGGAUUAAGAACUUGGCUCUAUUCAGGAUUCAGGAAGCUGCAAUAUGGAAUCUUCACUGGCAGUACAGCUGGGCACUUUGCACCUCUCCAUAUUAACUGCUAAACACUUCAGGUCUUUUGUUAUCAGGGGAUACUAGAAAAUGAACUCAAGGAAGCAAAUGAAAGCGGCCUUCUCGCGCUUGGCCCAGCACUUGAAAGAAAAACAUUUCAGACGAGAGACGGUCAGUCAGUGGUCUGAAUCGGACAACAUGGCAGGCGGGGAGGGUCCUGUAGGUGUGGGGAUGGAGUGGAAAGUCGUUGGAGGUGUCCAGAGGAAAGGAGACGGAGUCGCUGUAAAGCGUUCCGUUUGUCACACGUGAUGUCAUCAUUUGCCCGUUGUUCACCAAUAGUGCAGCGGUCCGGUUGUGCGUUAUCAGCACUCAAUCUGUAAACGUGUGUAUUACGGGGAGGACUGGUGCCAGUGGACAAGUUGGCCUGGACUGACAUGCUGUGCCCAGUGAUCAUUUUAUUUGAAGUCGUCUAGUCUUAACUGAUAUUUUUCUAUCUUGCGGUUCUCUUAUUUCUUUUUUUUCCAUAUUUACUGCACAUUAUACUUUAAAUCAGCUUGCGUGAAACAGGUUAAAGAAAAAUUGUUACUUAUUAUUGUUAUAAUAUCUGAAAAUCUAAAGUGGGGUUAUGCAGUAUACCUGUAUGAACAUAGAAAAAGUACAGAAAAAACAGUUUUUAAGACGGUACGGUACCAGCAUUUCUUUAAUUUCGUUACCAGAAGACAUGGAAGUUUUCAAGCACUUCGCAGCGAGGUGUGUUUAACUCCAAGGGGGACCAAAACCAAAAACCACCCCAUCCAGACCCCAAGGUCCUGCUCCAUGACUGUCAGAUAUUAAAUCUUGCUUGAAUCAGUAAAGGCCCCCCCCCCCCCCCCCAGUGUUUGAACAUAUAUAUUUACAUAAAUACACCCAACACUUCAAAGAACACACCCCCUGGCACGUCCCCCCACCCCCCGGGUCCUCCUGUUAGUAAUUGGCGAGGUGUGUAUUUGUGCGUCUGCGUGCCAGGAGAAUGAAGCAGCCUUGAGACUGGGGGUCUGGGGUGUUAGCUACCCAUUAUUUCCCAACUGAACCAUGUUGGUAAUGGCACUGCGGCCUGAAAGCUGGUAUCGAUACCGAAGUCAAAAUCCAUCGCUAAUCUAAAGUGACUUUCAAAGAGCCACAGCAGUAGGCGUCUGUAAUGUUGGUGCGCUUAAGGAGAAAAAUCAUAAAAGAUGACUUCCAGCUCGACUGAGAAAAUGUAAUUACUUUAAAGGUGUUGUUUUUUGGUGUGGAGGCUUGAGGUUGAGAUAGUAAAGGGGUGAGCUGUGUGCCCUGGCCUUGUCCAGUGUAUUUUGUCACCAUCCCUCAAUGUUACUACUCUGACGGGUACACACAAAAGAAACAAAAGCGGAACCCGCUGCUGCAGUGAAAAUCGUCAAAUUCACUGCAAGAAAGAAUAAAAAGUGUAGGGCUGUCUCAGCUGGUAUGUCAGGGUCAAAAUGAUCACGUGCAAUAGUCUUUGGCAUGAAGAGUGUCAUUAAGUCACUGGGGGGUCACUCUGUUUGCUAGCACUUGGGUGGGACCCUCUGAUCCUUUUAUUGUUUGUUUGUUUUGCUCCUUAGGGGGGGAGCAUCAAGUUGUAAAUCACAAUUAGUUAUCUACUACAAGGCUUUAUUCCACUUUUGUUUCUAAAGCAGUUUGGAAGUUAAACGUCUACUCAGCUGGCUUGCUUGAAAACAUAUCCUAGGAAGCCAGUCUGUCUGAAUUUUACUGUUGAGGGCGGUGUGGGGGUCCCAGUCAGUUGAAAGUAGGGCAUAGUGUUGGAGCACUUUAGGCACACGUCUCUUGUCUUAACGGUAAAGGACAAUAUUGGUGACUAGGCGGUUUAAAAAUGAACAUCCAGACAUUGGACCCUGAGUGCUGAGGGGCUGGACGUUUUGCCACAUGUUUGAUUAACUAAAAAGUCACCUAAAUGUACAGAGACUUCUCUCUUUUUGCAAUCUUUUCCUCUUUUUGAAACUUGGAAAAACUGUUGUGUGUUUUCAGGCCAUUUCCUUUCAGAGCGGAGGAGCCCUGCAUCUGAUAAGUGGACAUACUUGUCAUUGUAAAAUACACAAAGUGAGUGCACGUAGUUUACAAAAUCUCUACCAACUCUUUAAGUAUAUGGGGGUCAUGAUAGAAAGAACCUACUACCUCGCAAGCAGGUUGGGACUCCUGCCAUCUCACAGUAAUCAUCACUAUUGUGAAUGGAGGAACAACUGAAAAAUCAUUUACUUGAGUUAUGGUGUUCCUUUUAUUAGCCGAGUGCCCAAAAAAUCAGGCACGCGUUCUGCCAGUCAUGUCAGGAUUUCUGACAUACCAGCCACAGCAUAAGGCACCUUCUACUAAGAAAGUUAGAUGUGAGUGGCACAGCGCCAUCUCCUGGGAGACUGGAGGAACUGCACAGGUUUUUACUACACCUGCAGCGAGGCUGACUGAGGUAGUGUGAUGCCCUCCAUGUUUCAGUUUAGAAGUCCGAGCUCCACUUCUCAGCUCCCUUUAGCUCAACUGGGUAAGCUGCAGCUUUCUAAUUCAAAGGUCCUGAGUUUGCAGCCAAUGUCUCCAUGUGUGGGGAGAUGGGACCCCGAGUGACUUUUCACCGGUGACACUGGCCCAAUAGUCUUACCCUAACAGAAAAGUUGCAGGGAAUUCACAGGUUCUUAAUUUUUUAUUUUACCAUGAAUCAACUUCACAAGGCUCUUCAAAGAAUGAACAGUUUUAAACUACCCUAGAAAUUUGAUUCUGUUCAUCUGGACUUAAAAACUUUGUCCAGACAGAUGAACAGAAUCAAAUUUCUAGGAUUUCCUUACCUGGAUUAUUGAGCAUGCAUCGAGACAGUUUUAAACUACGCUGCAUAAUCGCACAGUUUCACAACCUAAACAAGCGUGUCUACAUAUUUGCUGCGUCCUCUUCAACGUGGCCAUAAUGGGUGUCAAAUAAAAAGCAUCCGUUAAUGUGACAGACUUGAAUUUUUUGCAAGCUGCUCAGUAUUAAAACUCCAUUUUGCUCUGUAAACCCUAACCCUAUACUGUAAAAUCUUAUCACGUCUUUAUUUUGCAUAACACCGCUCAGAGUUUGAUCAGUCACAAGAUGACUACUGUGCACCUCUUGAGAUUAGAAAGUCGGUAGCAUUAGAAGUAAUUUAGGAAGAGGAAAAAAAACAAAAUACUGAAUGUAGGUCAGCGGCCACUGAAUUGCCACUCUGCCUUAUUUCUAGAAAUGCAUCAGCAAUGUGAAUGAUGCCACCUCAUGUUAUUCGCAUGCUGCUCUUACAGCUUGUCCUCAAAAAUCCGGCUUCUCCAAAUCACUCUGGGACGCCUUAACACAUUUGUCGAUUGCCAUUCCGCACUGAUUUGUAUUUGUUGCCUCCACCUGUGCAUUUCGUCUGCCCUCGUUUUUAUUAUAAACCUCCUUAUGAACGUUCAGGAUUCUAUUUUUGAAUCGCCCUUUGUAAAUACUCUGCACUUUCUGUCAUCGCACUGUUCACCCCUGACGUAGCUUUUCCAAUUUUGUUUUUUUUUUUGCCACAAAUUCAUGAAAUUUCUAUUCACUAAAACAAAGUUUCUCAGGGCUCCAGAGAGACGGAUGUGCCAGUUAAGACUUUCACUGGAUGACUACCACUACUUCACAAUCCAUCACCGCCGAAAAGGAGCAAGUGGGCCACCCGGUCAAAAGUCAGGAGUAGUCUCUGAAGAUGAAACGAGGAAGGCUGGUCUGCCACUCGUCCAUUUUCACUUGCGUGGGACGCAAAGUAGGAGGCCGGCAGCACAAAGGAGGGUCUGCAAUGGAUGAUUAGAAAAUGAAACGUUGUACAUGUUUAAGGGUGGGGAAGGGGUCAAGAACAGGAAUAUUUUAGCUAAGAAACAAUUUAUACAGAAAAGGAAAAAAUAUUUUGCUAGUAUAGAUGAUGAUAUAUAUUUUUAAAAGAGGCUGAACAUUCUAUACAUUAAAUUGGAUGGCUUUGUUUAAUUGAGGUGACAUCCGCGUGUCGGUGGUUCCUCCUCUCAGUUUAGUUUGUCAACUUCCAUCACCGCCUGUAUUGUAAUUGGGAUGGUAGAAAAGCAAACUUUUGGCCCAGGAAGCCGUGGUGAGCAGACACCAGUUUGUCGCAGUAAUUUAUAGAGAGAUAAAGAUGAUGAUGAUGAUGGGGGGGUGGGUUUAUAUAUAAAUACAUUUGAAUGUUUUACUACACUUUUUUAUUACUCAUUUGAUGCCUGCUGGAUUCAAGUGUAAUAAAUAAAUUAAGAAGCAUCUUGCUAUUUAGUAUGUUUAUCGGGAAGUCAUCGUCAGGCCUCCCUUGCAGGUUUUUUUUUUUAUUAUUCUUUCUCUUGUGAGUUUUAAACACACGACACACCGACGAUGUACAGACGAACGAGUCAACGACGAAAGGCCCAACAAUCUGCCAGGACACCCCUGUUGAUCGCACUUGCUAGUGGAGUGUGAAUGCCACACGUUACAAAUUGACGUCCUGGGCUGCCCCACACACGGUACACAACUUUAGUUUUGCACUCUUGUUUUUCAGUGACACUGCUUUUAAAAUUUUCAUUCCCUCUUCUAACGAUUCAAGUGCAAUUCUGUUUUGCUUGCCAUUUUCUUGGCCCGUUUAAUUUCACCCUCUUGUUUUUGCAAUGGGGCUUUGUGGUGUGCCGAGGAAGACGUUCUGCACGGUGAAACCUGGCAGCUGACUUCGGCCAGACGUCUGUAAAUGGCUUCAGCUGAGUGGGGGGGGGGGUCAUUAGGUUUGCACCGUACAGACUGGGGACGGGACCAAGGCAGGAGUGAGGACGAGUGGGCCGAUUGUUCUUAUUACACACCGCUGUGGUUCUCAGGAAUGGCGAUGAGGCCAUGUCAGAGUACUGCUUGGAAAGUGGAAGCCUUUUCUGCUCAGAGCAUACACAGCAUAUUGUAGCAGAUUAUUAUUUAUUUUUAUUUUUGCAAUAAAGCUAAAUGUUCUUAUAUUAGAGCAAUAUUAUGGUGGAGCAAGUUCUAUUUGGAGAAGCCCUACAUGCAUUUUAAUAUCCUUUGUAAAUCCUUACUACUCAAAAGCUUUGACUAGCUGCGCAAAGCUGACAUCAUCUUGUGUGCUCACUGCCCCGUAAAACACUUGUGAUAACCCUCAGAGGUUUAUCGUCAUCAUCAUUUUUAUUAUUUCUUUUGUUUUCCGGGUUUAAUUAAGGGCAGUCGCACCAAGUGCUUUAAGAUACCACAGGUACGGGCAAAGGGAGAAAAGACAAACUAGCUGGUAGGCACCAGCAGCCUGUUAGAAAUCAUGGAGGAGAUGCUGCUUCAACCGUUCAUGUUCCAAAUACUGUAGUGCCUCACGUGUAUUUGGCUGUUUUUUUUUUUUUUUUUUUUUUAACUCCGUUACAUGCAUACAUGUAUACAUCUUGCAAUAAAAAAAAAAUGAAAGGCAUGGACUGCAUAUUUUAAUUUCACAAAUUUAGUAGAAAUCAUACCUAGCAAUAAAAAUUUGGUGAAAUGUGCUUUGGGGGUUCAUUUUGUGUCACUCAGAACAAUACGCCAAAAAAAAGAUGGGCCCGUCUGUUCUUGGUGUCACCUGGUGUAACGUGCUCAAGUGGGAAACACGGUACGGACGCAAGCUCACGGUUUACAAGUACGACCUGAGCUCAAGUGAAGGAGCCCAGCUCGGAUGUGAACCGCACUCCUGCACUGGGAACGAGGAACCACAUUGUGCGAAAUCCUUCAGUUGUACUUCAGUGUUAAUCACACAAAGUCAGAGAAAACUGCAGAUCUGGGAGAGUUAAAAUAUGCAGUCAGCCCUACUGGCACUGGAAUGUGAAUCUCUGAAAACUGUGAAUGCAGCGUCAAGCACUGCAUCGUCCUCAAAUCACAGCACGCGCGGCUCGUGUUCCCUUUAAAGUUGUCUCGUCUUUUGUGUGUCCCAUUCCAUCGAUUUCUUUUACGCCCUUUUCUUACCGAGUGAAUCAAAGAAGAAGCCAUAAUUCAUUUUCACAUCUUCAGUCUUGUGUUGUUCAACACGCCAGGAAGCUCAAUCAAAACUCUUACGGAGAACAGAAACGUAACUUGCAGUUUGGGGGGGAAAAAAAACAAAACUAUUUUCUGUGGCAAACAAAGACGGCUGAGGAGGGGUUGGGUUUUAUUUUGGGGUAUGCGGCAGGAAGAACCUGUUAGGGAUGGCUUGAUGGACCUCUGCAGAACCGCAGACAUUUUGUCUCUCUCUUGUUAAAAGUAAAAUUGUUGUUUUAUUCUUUGGAGAGGAGACAAAUUUAUUUACUUGUUUUGUUUUUUUGGAAGUUAUUUUCCACCAGGCAGGAAGCCAUACAAACACGAUGGAGGCUUUUUGGAAAGAAAGAAAGAAAUCAACUAAGGAUACGGUCUCCAUAUUUCAGAGUUGUGUGUUUAUUUGUUUAGGUGCCUAUAAGAGCCAUUUCUUGCUUGUUUUCUGUGUUUAUUUAAGAAGAAUGAGGGACAUCCAGUUCUUGUGUGUGUUGUGUCCUCUUGUUGGCAUUGCAGUUUCUCAGGGGAUGAGGGUGUCAAAAACCACUUCUGUGAAAAACCACCUACGACGUUACCUGCGUAGUGACAUGGAACACCUGCAUUUGACACGUUAAGAAUAUGAACUUUUAUGUGAAGAUUUCAUUUUAUUUUUAGUGCCCUUGGGUAAGGCGGCGGGAGGAUUAUGGGGGUGGGUUGUAUGGUUUGUUCUUCUCUCUUGGACAUGAACUAAAGAUUUUUUCCUUGUCUUAACAUUUAAACCAAAUGGAAUAAAUGAGGGCGUUUUGUUUUUUUUUCUCCCUUAAUUUAUUAAAUGUAUUUUUUUUUUUCAUGAGCACAUUCAGUAGAUACUGUUCUCAGUGUCAAUGCGAAAUUGUCUUUAUUCUGUAAAGUACGAGUGUGAGUCUUUAGUGGUUGAUGACCAGUAUUGUGUUGUAGAUGUUCAUUUUGUCACUACAUAUAUUUUUUGAAGAAAAUAUAUAAAAAAAAAAGACGACACUCCUUUUAAAGUUUUUAUUUCUUGUAUCUCUGACCUUUCUGUUAUUUCUUGUCAAGUAUUUUGUAUCAUGUUAUAACAUUUGUCUUUGUGUAAAUAAACAAAUUUGUUUCUGCUGAGA